AUGGGGGACCACAGCCUAGGAUGGUUUAGCACAAUGAAUGUGCUCACCACAGCAUUGCUUCUAGUCACCCUGCAGUAUUGUCAUGCCCUGAGUCCCACCAACUGUGAUGCUUCCGAGCCUUCGGCUGAGAGAGUUCUAGACCUGAUCAAUAAAGGGCGGAGGAAUGGCUAUGCUUUCGAGCUGCUGCGAGUCGCUGAUGCUCACCUGGACAGAGUGGGAAAUGCCACCGUCUACUACUUAGUCCUAGAUGUGAAAGAAUCUGACUGUUGGGUCUUAUCCACAAAAUCCCGGGAUGCCUGUCUUCUAGAUGUUUCUAGACGGCCAUCUGAAAUAGUGAUUGGACAAUGCAAGGUAAUCGCUACAAGAUACUCAGACGAGUCUCAAGAUUUUAGAGUGAAUAACUAUAACUGCACCACAAGUUCUGUCUCUUCAGCCCUAAGCAACACGAAAGACAGCCCUGUGCUCUUGGAUUUCUUUGAGGAUUCUGAGCCUUAUAGAGAACAAGCAAAUACCGCCCUUGACAAGUACAAAUGGGAGAAUAGCGACUUUGGCUCUUUCAGAGUGGAACGAAUAGAGAGGGUUAUAAGAGCGAGAGGAGGGAAACGAACCAAUUACUACUUGGACUUCUCUAUGAGGAACUGUUCCACACAGCAUUUCCCCAGACACCCUCCAGUCUUUGGGUUCUGCAGAGCAGUUUUGUCCUAUGAUGUAGAAGCCUCCAACUUGGAAACCCCAAAAGACACUGACAUAAACUGUGAAGUCUUCAACUUUGAGGAUAGAAACAUGAGUGACAUAAAGCCCCACUGGGGCCAUGAGCAUUCUUGUGGCAAACAUUUGUGCAAGUUCAGUGGAUCCAGGGGUCAUCAUCAUACCCACAAGAUGUAUGAACAUGGCUACCCGCCUCCACCAGAAGGAGAGGAAGACUCAGAUAGACCACCACCUCAAGACAGAUCCCUCCCACAACCACCUCCUCGACAUUCCUCUCCUUUUGGUACCAACAGAGCCCAUAGACCCCCUCAUAAUCACAGUUGUAAUGAGCAUGUUUCCCAUAGACACCCUCCCCAUGGACACCAUCGCCAUGGACACCCUCCUCACGGACACCAUCCCCAUGGACACCCUCCCCAUGGACACCAACACCCUCCUCACGGACACCAUCCCCAUGGACACCCUCCUCAUGGACACCAUCCCCAUGGACACCCUCCUCAUGGACACCCUCCCCAUGGACACCCUCCUCAUGGACACCAUCCCCAUGGACACCCUCCUCAUGGACACCAUCCCCAUGGACACCCUCCUCAUGGACAUGAUUUCCAUGACUAUGGACCCUGUGAUCCACCCUCCAACAGCCAAAAACUGAAAGGGCAGUAUCACGGGGACCAUGGCCCACCACAUGGCCACUCACGAAAAAGAGGUUCAGGUAAAGGGUUCUCUCCUUUCCACCACCAAGAAAUUGGAAAUGUCUACCGACUCCCUCCACUAAGUACAGGUGAAGUUCUGGAUGUUCCUGAAGCCAAUUUCCCCAGCAUCUCACCACCAAAUUGCAACAAUCCCCUACAACCAGAAAUUCAAUCCUUCCCCGAGGCAGCCUCCAAGUCAUGUCCAGGGAAAUUCAGAAGUGAGUUUCCACAAAUUCAUAAGUUUUUUGCAAAUAUGCCUCCAAAAUAA